GCGCACACCGCACGCGCACGCCCUCGUAACGGCUUGGCUUGGCACGCCUCCCUUGGCUUGGCUUGGCGUUAGUCGCUUGGCUUGGUGGUCCUCGCUUGGAUUGGCUUUACCCUGGCAUUCCUUUGCUGGGCUUGACCUUUUCUUGCUGGGCUUGGCAUUCUCCUGGCUGGGCUGGGUGUUUCCCCGGCGGGGCGUGCGCUUUCCCUGGGUGGUGGAGGGGGCGUGGGCUCUCCCCGGGUGGUGGGGGACGUGGGCUCUCCCCAGUUGGUGGUGGGGGAGGGGUCGUGGGCUCUCCCAGGGUGGGGUUUUGGCUGGGAUUGACCUUUCUCCCCUAACAGAUUGGAAACCCGUAGUUUCCCGCUUUUUGGUGAAACUCGUUGACAGACACCAUCUGCUCGCUACUACCAGGCUGUUAAAAGCAGAUGGUGGCUGAGGUUUCUCCAAAGCUGGCUGCCUCCCCUAUGAAGAAGCCCUUUGGCCUCAGGGUCAAGAUGGGCAAGUGGUGCUGCUGCUGCUUCCCCUGCUGCAGGGGAAGCGGCAAGAACAACGUGGGCGCUCGGGGAGACCACGACGACAGCGCCUUCACGGAGCCAAGGUAUCACGUCCGUCGAGAAGAUCUGGGCAAGCUCCACAGAGCUGCCUGGUGGGGUGAAGUCCCCAGAGCGGAUCUCAUCGUCAUGCUCAGGGGCCCUGGCAUUAACAAAAGGGACAAGAAGAAGAGGACUGCUCUACACUUGGCCUGUGCCAAUGGCAAUUCAGAGGUAGUAAGACUCCUGCUGGACAGACAAUGUCAACUUCAUGUCUUUGACAGCAAAAAGAGGACAGCUCUGAUAAAGGCCGUACAAUGCCAGGAGGAUGAAUGUGCAUUAAUGUUGCUACAACAUGGCACUGAUCCAAAUCUUCCAGAUACAUUUGGGAAUACUGCUCUACACUAUGCAGUCUACAAUGAAGAUAAAUUAAUGGCCAAAACACUUCUUUUAUACAGUGCUGACAUUGAAUCAAAAAACAAGGGUGGCCUCACACCACUUUUGCUUGCCGUACAUGGACAAAAACAGCGAAUGGUGAAAUUUUUAAUCAAGAAAAAAGCUAAUUUAAAUGCACUUGAUAGGUUUGGAAGAACUGCCCUCAUACUUGCUGUACAUUGUGGAUCAGCAAGUAUAGUUAGCCUUCUACUUCAGCAAAAUAUUGAUGUAUUUUCUCAAGAUGUAUUUGGACAAACUGCUGAAGAUUAUGCAGUUUCUUGUCAUCAUAAUAUAAUUUGCCAAUUACUUUCUGACUACAAAGAAAACCAGAUGCCAAAAAACUCUUCUGGAAAUAGCAAUCCAGAACAAGACUUAAAGCUGACAUCAGAGGAAGAGCCACAAAGGCUUAAAGGAAGUGAAAAUAGCCAGCAUGAGAAAAAGACUCAAGAACCAGACAUAAAUAAGGAUUGCGAUAGAGAGGUUGAAGAAGAAAUGCAGAAGCACGGAAGUAAUAACGUGGGAUUAUCAGAAAACCUGACUGAUGGUGCUGCUGCUGGCAAUGGUGAUGGUGGAUUAGUUCCACAAAGAAAGAGCAGAAAACAUGAAAAUCAGCAAUUUCCUAACACAGAGAUUGAAGAGUAUCACAGGCCUGAAAAGAAAUCUAAUGAAAACAACAAGGUCAAAAGCCAAAUACAUUCAGUGGAUAACCUUGAUGACAUAACAUGGCCAUCAGAAAUAGCAUCAGAGGAUUAUGAUUUGCUUUUCUCUAAUUAUGAGACUUUUAUGUUGCUCAUUGAACAACUCAAAAUGGAUUUUAAUGAUUCUGCUAGCCUAUCAAAAAUCCAAGAUGCAGUUAUUUCAGAUGAACACUUACUAGAACUCAAAAAUAGCCACUAUGAGCAACUUACAGUAGAAAUUGAACAAAUGGAAAAUAUGGUUCAUGUACUACAAAAGGAGCUAUGUGAGGCAAAAGAAACACAAUUAGAGUUAGCGCAUCAGAAAUUUGAAUGGGAGCAAGAACGCUACAGUUUGAGUGAAGAACAAAAUGAUACCCAGAAGCAACUCUCCAAGGAACAGAAUGCUAGAAUAUUACGAGAUGAGAUUCUGACUAAUAAACAAAAGCAGAUAGAAGUGGCUGAAAAGAAAAUGAGUUCUGAGAUUUCUCUUGGCCAUAAGGAAGAAAAAGAACUCUUGCAUGAAAAUAGCAUGUUGCAGGAAGAAAUUGCCAUGCUAAGAAUAGAACUAGACACAAUAAAACAUCAGAACCAGCUAAGGGAAAAGAAAUAUCUGGAGGACAUUAAAAGUGUGAAAGAAAAGAAUGAUAAUCUUCUAAAGGCUAUACAAUUGAAUGAGGAAGCAUUAACAAAAGCAGUAGUUCAGUACAGUGGACAGCUUAGCAUUUUGACAACUGAGAAUAAAAUGCUCAGUUCUGAACUGCAGAAUGUAAGACACAACAAUGAAACACUGGAAAUGGAAAUUCAAUCAUGUCAUUUUAGACUGGCUACUGCUCUACAUAAUUGUGACCAAAGUCAGAUAGCAGAAGGAGACUUCUUUCUGGAGAAUGAGACAUGAACAGGUUUAUUUACAAGAGACAAAAAAUUCUCAUAUAUCUAACCUAAAAGAUAACAGUGAGAUUCUUUCUGAACAACUCUAAUGCUGAAAGUAAAAUUAACAGCCUGAGAAUUAAGGUCCAUCACACAAGAUAAACUCUGAGAGAAAAGACGGGGCAGGCCACCGUCUUUCCUUUUUGGGCAACUUAGUCAUUCCAGCCUGCAGGCUUUGGAGAGUACAAACUGACCAGGGGAAGAAGAGAUCUGCAGCACAGCACAGCUGCUUUAUCAAAUCAUGGCCAGACUGCUUCUGUAAGCAGGCCCCUGAUCCUGUUUCUCCUCACUGGAAAGGACCACCCAGCUGAGGCCUCCAGCUAACCCCACCAGUGUUCCCUGGCCAAUGGAGAUUUAAAUCCCCCCUGGGACAGAGCACCCAGAGAGAGGGGUGGGUCACCACCUUUGCUGUUUGGGCAACUAGCCAUUCAGGCCUGCAGACUUUGGAGAGCCCAAGCUGACCAGGGGUGGAAGUGGUACCUCAGCACAGCACAGCUGCCCUAUGAAAAUGUGGCCAGACUCUUUUUUAAGUCAGUCCCUGACCACAUUUGUUAUCACUGGGUGGAGCCUUUCAACCAGGGUCUCUGGCUACCUUCAGUGCUGUUCUCUGGCUGACAGAGGUUUCAGGCCUUCCUGAGUCAGAGCUCCCAGGGGGAGGACCAGAUUGUCAUCUUUGUUGUUUGGGCAACUCAGCCAUUUCAGCCUUAGGGCUUCAGAGAGUCUGAGGUGAUGAGGAGCUGAAGUGAACCCCCAGCAUAGCACAGCUGCUCUACCAAAAAGUGGCCAGACCCACUUUUUAAGCAAGUCCCUGUUCUUGUUCCUCCUGACUAGGCAAGACUUUUCUCCACUUGCCUCCAGCCACCUCCUACAGGUGUGUUCAGAUUCGCAACAAGUUUGUACCUCAGUGGUACAGCGCUCCCAGAGGAAGGGGCAGGCUAUCAUCUUUGCCUUUUCACAGCCUUCAUUGGUGAUACCUUCAGGCACUGGAAAAUAUGAGGCAAUUAGGGACUGGAGUGGACCCCCAGCAUACAACAGCCCCCCUACAGAAAAGUGGCCAGACUGUUACAUGGGUGCCAAUUUCCAUAUCUUCUUGAUGGGCAGGUCCUCCCAUCCUGGGUCUCUAGCCAGCACCCCACUGGAGCUAUCAAGCCAGUAGCAACUCAGCAAUUGCCUGGACAGAGCUUCCAGGAGCAACUGAAAUCCUCUAUGCCACUGCCUCUGCAGUGGAACUGUCCU